GACCUAAUUGUCGAAUUCUAAUAGAUUUAGAGAAACAAUAGAAAAUUACACAAGUAUAUUCCUGGAGUUCAAUGUAGGAAUACAAAAUUCUCUGUGACAGACCCCUCGGACCCCAACCUGGGUAUCCGUUUGUCGCGAGGCGCCAACCUGUGUGUGUCCGUACCUCUAAUUUAAUUGUACAACGUCUUUCUACAAUUAGUUCUUUUUAAUUUCACUUUUCCUGCACUAAAUUUGUCGAACCCGAUCGCUCAGCUAUUUGUCUCGAUUCUAUAAACAGAGAAGUUCAGAAUUGAAAUAGGAAUUGAUUACUGUGGUGGAGAGAAAUGGGGGUUCCAAUUGACCCCUCUGUGGUUGAUCAAAUGGGGCCGCUGCGUUCGUUUUUGGUGAGGAUGGGGCUGGGUAGUACAUCAGAUCACUCUUCAGUGGUUGCAAUUACCUUAAUGGUUACUCUUCUCUGUGCUUGCAUUGUAAUUGGUCAUCUUCUCGAGGAGAACCGAUGGAUGAACGAGUCUAUCACAGCAGUGAUUCUUGGUGUCUGUACUGGAAUAAUAGUAUUGCUUUUUAGCAAAGGAAAAAGUUCUCAUAUAUUAGUGUUCAGUGAAGAGCUGUUCUUCAUUUAUCUUCUCCCACCUAUAAUAUUCAAUGCCGGAUUUCAGGUUAAGAAGAAACAAUUCUUCCGCAAUUUCAUAACCAUUGUGCUAUUUGGAGCAGUUGGCACAUUUAUCUCAUUUGCAAUUAUUUCUUCUGGUGCAAUGUUGCUAUUCAAGAAGUUUAAUAUUGGUCCUUUUGAAAUUGGAGAAUAUCUCGCGAUUGGAACUAUUUUCUCUGCAACUGACUCAGUUUGCACUCUCCAGAUACUGAAUCAGGAUGAAACUCCUUUGCUUUAUAGUCUGGUAUUUGGGGAAGGUGUUGUAAAUGAUGCUACAUCUGUUGUUCUUUUCAAUGCUGUUCAUAACUUUGACCUCACUCACAUUGAUGGCAUCACGGCAUUGCAAUUGUUUGGCAACUUUGUUUAUCUUUUUCUCACAAGCACAGGAUUGGGAGUUGCAGCAGGGCUUCUAAGUGCGUAUAUCAUCAAAUCAUUAUAUUUUGGAAGGCAUUCUACAGAUCGCGAAGUUGCAAUCAUGAUACUCAUGGCCUAUCUUUCAUAUAUGCUUGCUGAACUAUUUUACCUGAGUGGCAUUUUGACUGUUUUCUUCUGUGGCAUUGUAAUGUCUCACUACACAUGGCAUAAUGUUACAGAAAAAUCAAGGGUUACCACCAAGCAUGCAUUUGCGACAAUGUCUUUCAUUUCUGAAAUAUUUAUCUUUCUUUAUGUGGGAAUGGAUGCCAUGGACAUUGAAAAGUGGAAAAUGGCACAAAGAAGCCCUGGGACUUCUGUUGGCCUUAGUUGUGUUCUUCUGGCUUUGGUUUUGGUUGGAAGGGCAGCUUUUGUGUUCCCACUUUCCUUCUUGUCAAAUUGCUUAAAGAAGACACCAAGUUCUAAAAUCACGCUUCGGCAGCAAUUUAUCAUAUGGUGGGCUGGUCUUAUGAGAGGUUCAGUUUCAAUGGCCCUUGCUUACAAUCAGUUUACAAAUUCAGGUCUUACAAAAUUGUCCCAAAAUGCAAUUAUGAUAACAAGCACUAUUACGGUGGUCCUUUUCAGCACAGUGGUCUUCGGCUUGAUUACAAAGCCUUUAAUCAGGCUAGUGUUGCCACAAAACUCAAAAUCAGGCUACACAUCAGAUCCAUCAAGUCCAAAGAGCUUACAACAUCCACUGCUUGGAAAUGGCGAGACGGGGGAAGAUGAGCAGCAUAUAAGAAGGCCAAGCAGCUUACGCAUGUUACUUCAAGCACCUUCCUAUACGGUGCAUUAUUACUGGAGAAAGUUUGAUGAUUCAUUUAUGCGUCCUAUGUUUGGGGGCCGAGGAUUUGUUCCCUUUGUACCAGGUUCUCCAUCAGGGGCUCAAGAUAAUGAUCCAUGGAGGGCAUAAUCUAAUUGUCCAUGCUGAUACACAAGCUUAUGGCUGGGGCUGUAUGAGUUGAUGACAAUGGCAUGGCUUUACCAUCGUAUCUUCAGAAAGAGUUUGGGUGAGAUUAUAAAUCAUGUGGCCAUUCUAUAUAUGCUAGAUAAUGUGGCUACAUGCAGGGUUGAACUGUUAUAUUCUUAUAUCAGGACAUAUGAAUUAUUUACUCCUGCCUUUUCUCUCUACUAGGAGAGCAAAAUUUCUCUAUCCUGGCUGACAAGUUUCUUAUGCUUCAAUUUUUGGCACAGUUUUGAAAUUAUUCAGUGCCCAGGUUGUAUAUUUAUGAACAGAAACUGCAUGAUUAACUUAAUUCUGGAUGUGUAUCAUCUAGAUCGUGCCGUGAUGCCUGGUUGGAGAAGCAGGCACACUUUGAUAAAGCUUGGUAAGAUUUGGAUGCCUGCAAAACAUUUCAAAUUGAGCUUUCCGUUUUGUAAUAUGCUCAGUUACAUGGCUUGUAUUUGGGGCUUGAGUUUUUUAUAUGUCUCAGGACAUCCAGUAUAUUUUUUCGACUGUAUGAAAUAAGUAUUUACAGAGUUAGAUUAUGUGCUACUUGUAGACCAUGACUUGUUUUGUCAAGCAUAACUGUGCUACGGACAUGCAAUUUUAUUUGCAUUUUGAUGAUUUAAUCGCACAGAGGAUAGAUGAUGUCUGUCUAAAAGUCAAGAAGUUUUAUAUAA